CCUACGGAGGUUUAUGAAAUCAUGAGGGGCAUAGGUAAGGGAUUUUGAAAGGAAGGUAUCUCUUCCCCAAGGUGGGGCAGUUCAAGACUGAGGGACGCGUUUUUAAGGUGAAAGGAGAACUGUUUUCCCAAGACCAAGGGCCUGUACAGACGCUGGAAUGUUCUGUGUAAUAUAUUGAGAUGAGGAGAAACGACUUCGCCCGGAGAGUGGGUGGAUUUCCCUGUCACAGAAAAUGGCCCAACGCCAGAACAUCCAAUGUUUUCCUGAAGAGAAAAGAGGUGCAGAUGGCGGGCUUCCGGCUCCUGAUCGAUGCCCGUGCGAGCCAGCCUGCCGCGGCCCUGGGGGGAGCCCUCCACAUCUUCCAGAAAACCGUUCCUGGUGGGAUUCACUCUGUCCUGGUGCUGGCUGCCAAGGAGUCCUCUGGCAAUGUGGAGGUGCUGACCGGCGUGCAGACAGAGACACUGCCAUCCAUCCGGGCCUUGCACAAGUACGUUGAGCCUGCCCAGUUGACUCAAAUCUUUGCCGGAAGCUUUCUGUACAGCAAUGAAAAGUGGGUUCGCUAUCGACUG